AUGCCUGCGACGGAAUACGCGGAUAUUUUACGGGAACAGGAGGAGCUCGGACGUUGGAUCCAACGGUUUUGGACCAACCUUUGUAAAUUGGGCAGGGAAAAAAUUACGCGGGCAGUUUUAGAACAGCGUAGAGGUCUCCUUGAGCGAUAUUGGGAUGCGUUUUUAUAUGGUCACUGUCAACUGUUGCGAUUCGAGGAAGCCCAGGACAGUGCUUACGUGGACCAAGACCGCUUUUCUACGAUAGAAGAAGCUUAUCUUCAGGUCGCGGCUCAGAUGGCUCAGUACCUAGAGGACCUCGCGCAGGCGGGCCCCUCUCGUGGAGUACAACCCCCUCCAGAAACACCGGAAAAGCCGCAAUUGCCAAAAAUACAAUUACCCACUUUCUCAGGAGACCCCUUAAAAUGGGAGAGUUUUCGAGAUCUUUUUAAGAGUCUCGUUCACAGCGUUCCCAACCUUCAGGAUGUACGGAAAUUGCUGUACCUUAAGUCGGCCUUGACCGGAGAAGCAGCGGAGGUCAUCCAAAAUACGCCAAUCACCGAUGCUGGAUACCAAGGAGCCUGGGAGGACCUGGAGCAGCGGUACGGGAACUUGCGUCUUCUGUCUUUCGCGCACCACAGGACCCUUCUUUCCUGCCCUCCCGCGCAACAACAGUCUGCCGCGGAAUUGAAAAGGCUGUUAGAUACAUUCAAACAGUCGAUUAGAGCGUACACUGCGCUGAAAAAACCGGUAGCUCAGUGGGAUGAGUGGUUUGUUUAUUUCUUAAGCCAAAAAUUGGACAAAACCACGCACCUGGUCUUGGAGACGUCUCUAGCUGAUAGCCGCGACGUACCGUCGUUCCGGCAGCUCUCUCUCUUUCUGGAAAAUCGCAUCCAAGCGUUGGAUGCUGCUCAGGAGGCCGACCCAGUGUUGCAUCCCGCGACAUCCAAAGGUGCUCCGGCUAAAACAAAAAGGGAGGCGCCUGUAAAACGCACUAAUGUAGCAGUCUUAGCUGCUUCGGCAAAGAGUCCCGCCCCUCAAGAGAAGGGCGUGGCCGCUUCCUUUGCCUGUUCAGCUACCACUCGACCCGCCGCACUAUUAGCGACGGCCAAGGUGAAGGUGGAGGCACCAUCAGGAGAACUUCUCGAGGUCAGAGCCUUGUUGGACACCGGUUCGGACACGUCGCUUGUAUCUGCUUGGGUAGCUCAAGCACUCCGUUUGCCACGGCGGGCGGUCAGCGUCGCCAUCUCAGGAGUUCAAGAGAAUGAAAGCGGAGUGGCGAAAAGUGAGGUUUCUCUUUCCUUACGCUCUCGUCUGGACCCCAGCUUUCAUUUGUCGGUUCGAGCGUUAGUGCUGCGGAAACUUACUGCGUUACUUCCCGCUCGAGCAGUGCACUCACAAUCCUGGCCGCAUCUUCAAGGAGUGACUCUUGCGGAUCCGGAAUACGGAGUACCCUCUCGUAUUGACUUAAUCCUGGGAGCUGAUAUUUGUGGAGUUUUGUUACAGGACGAGUCGCGGGUCGGGCCGGUUGGCACACCGACGGCGAGGCGCACUCCUUUCGGGUGGGUGUUGAUGGGCCCACUCUCCGACACCAAAGGUCAAGGCAGCAAGGCGGUCGUCCACAGCCUUCACUGCCAAACGGACGACUCAACCAAUAGGCUGCUUCGACGCUUUUGGGAGGUCGAAGAGCUACACGAGCAGCCUCCGUUAUCACCAGAGGAACGGGAAUGUGAACGGCACUUUCGAGAGACAGAUUCUCGGGACGAAACAGGCCGCUAUUCGGUACACCUACCUUUCAAAUUGGAUCCAAGCCUUGCCCUGAAGCCCUGCAGAUCAACGGCGCUAAAGUUGCUGCUCAGCUGUGAGCGCAGGUUGGCAUCCAACGAAGCCUGGCGAGACAAGUACUCGCAGUUCAUGGAGGAAUACGCAGCCUUGGAUCACAUGGAGGCGGUACCGGAGUCUGCGGUUCAGGAUCCAGCUUACUAUCUACCGCACCAUGCCGUGGUGAAGCGAUACGACCCUAGCGGCAAAAUCAGGGUCGUCUUCAACGCCUCCUUUCGCACCGCCACUGGAUCCUCUCUUAACGACUGUUUGAUGCCUGGACCGAAACUACAGUCAGACCUCUGGAUGAUUCUAACACGAUGGCGCUUAUUUCGAGUAGUAUUUACCUCGGAUAUUGUUAAAAUGUUCCGACAGAUUCGGGUACACCACACGGAUGCGGACUGGACCAGGAUACUUUGGCGCUCCAGACCCGAUCAACCUGUACAGGACUUCAGGCUCAAGACCGUCACCUAUGGCACAGCCUGCGCACCCUUCCUAGCGCUGAGGGUGUUGGUCCAACUUGCUGAAGAUGAGGAGGAGCGUUCCCCGCUGGGAGCGGUCGCAAUUCGUCGGCAUUCGUAUGUGGACGACAUUCUUGCCGGAGCCGACGACGAGAAAGCAGCCCUCGAAUUGAGACGACAGGUUAUCUCCAUCCUGCAGUCGGGAGGGUUCGAUCUGAGCAAAUGGGCAUCGAAUAAACCAAGCUUGCAGGAAGCGGAAGAAUUUCAAACGUGCGUGUUCCAGGACUACCCUGGAGUCAGUACCUUGGGGGUCAUCUGGAGGCCAAACACGGACACCUUCUCUUUGCGUGUUCUUCCACCUCUCAAUGAGCCCACGCGAUACACUAAAAGGCGUAUCCUAUCGGAAGUAGCCAGCCUCUUCGAUCCUUUGGGAUGGGCGGCCCCUGUUUUAAUUUUUGCAAAGAUUCUUAUGCAGGAUCUUUGGAUAAUUGGCGCAGAAUGGGAUGAGGACUUACCUGAGCAACUACUUUCCGCAUGGGAAACAUUCCGAAGCAAGCUGAGCCAACUCGACGCUUUGGCAAUUCCUCGCUGGACGAAUUACUCGGCGGACAUUGCGCAACUGGAGCUGCACGGGUUCUGCGAUGCCUCCCAGCGAGCCUAUGCAGCCGUUGUCUACCUGCGAGUGUCCAGGGGAGAGUCCAGCGUGGCCACACUGCUUGUGGCAAGAACCAAGGUGGCACCGGUCAAGGCACUUAGCAUACCACGACUGGAACUGUGCGGCGCGGUGCUACUUUCCAAACUAAUAGCGGAAGUACAAAAGGGAUUGAUCUUACCAGCAACCAUCACGGCUUGGACGGACUCCAGCGUUACCCUCCACUGGAUAAAAGGGCAUGCCUCAACCUGGAAGCCCUUUGUUGCCCACAGGGUUGCCACCGUGCAGUCCAAUGUUCCGCCUCAAAAUUGGAGGCACGUGGCAACCAAAAACAACCCAGCGGAUUUGGCUACCAGAGGGAUAACGCCGUCGGAGCUCCUGUCGUCGCAUCUGUGGUGGAGUGGACCCUCUUGGCUCGUCGACCCCCCAGAUCUGUGGCCUGCAUCACCUCUAGGAAAGGUCGAAGAGGCGGACUUGGAGAGGGGCCGAGCACAAAUCUACCUGGCAAAGGAAAACGAGGAGAACGAUCUCCUAUCAAGGUUUUCAAGUUUAACACUCUUAACGGCAGUGAUUGCUCUCUGCUCUAGAUUUCAUCGACUUACCAGGAAGCUGAACACCGAAACCGGGUUUAUCCGGGCUUCGGAGCGAGACGCUGCUCUACGGAUCGCUAUCGGGCUAGCUCAGAAGUCCGAUUUCCAAUCAGAGGUCGACCAGCUUCAACAGAGCAAGGAGGUACGCCGAUCUUCCGCUCUUAGGGCCUUGAAGCCCUUCCUGGAUGACCAAGGACUACUACGCGUCGGGGGCCGCCUCGACCUAGCCUCUAUUCCCUACAACGAGAGGCACCCUUACAUCAUCGGGAAGAAGAAUGCUUUGGCUACUCUUUUGGUUCGAGAUGCCCAUCUCCGCACCAUGCACGGAGGACCGCAACUCACCAGGAGCAUGCUGGCGCGACGCUACUGGAUAAUCCAUGGCCGUUCGUUGGUGAGAGACGUCAUUAAAGGGUGGAGGCGGGAAUAUCUGCAAAGCCUUCAGCAGCUUCCCAAAUGGCGUCAGCAGAAGGAGAACCUGGAGCUGGGGACACUAGUGUUACUACGCGACGAAUUGCAACCUCCGGCAAAAUGGCCGCUGGGCCGAGUCGAAGCCCUUCAUCCAGGGCCAGAUGGACGAGUGAGAGUAGCCACCUUGAGAACUAUUAGCGGUUCUGUCACCAGACCAAUAGUCAAGUUGUGCCCCCUCCCGGUGUCUUCUGCUGACGUCACUUCAUCUGCUUCGACGUAA